AUGUCACCCUCAUCACAUGGAGGCACCACCCUUACCUCUCCCCACAUUCGGCCAUAUGGAUUCAAGGAACAUGUCGACCCAUACGACAAUCAUGAAGCUGCUCCUCCGCCCGUGCCACCGAAAGAUGAUCGGAAAUGCGGCAUGAAGAAGCGGACGUUCUUUAUUCUCAUCGGCGUUAUUGUCAUUGCGAUUAUUGCUCUCGCUUUAGGACUCGGUCUGGGAUUAGGAUUAAACAAGGACGACUCAGAUGAGGGCACAGUUCAUCCCUUCUGUCGCGAGAAUCCUGAGUCAUGUAUUGGUGGCUCUCUCAAUUCCGAGUACCUGUCGAAAAAGGGCGUCUUCAAUGGUACAGGUAUCGCUCUAGCUGGAGAGUCUUGGAACAAAGGCCAACGACGAAUCUUCACGCUUUACUUCCAGCACCAUACAGGCGACAUCAGAUUUAUGCAGUAUACCACGGACAGAAAGUGGAUUGGUGGAGGCAAAGCCCAGACCGUUGCUGGUGAUGCAAAAGACGCAUCACCUAUAUCCGCAGUCGCUUUUGCCCUUAAUGAGACCCAAUAUUUCCACAUCUUCUACAUCGAUAAGAACAACACUGUCAAGCAACUGAUCCAGUCCAACACAAGCGACAUCUGGCAGCCAGGACCACUCAGCGACCUCAACCUCAAAGCCUUCGACUCACCGACUACUGGCUUGCAAGCUUGCUACAAGGGAAACUUCUACGGUGAUAACGACUAUACGAAGUUUCCCACAGCUUCAGGUCUCAAUAAUACAGAGCAAUUCGAGGGACAAACAGGCAUGAACAUCUGGUUCGCUACCGAUGACUCCACCUUCCUUCAGUACGCCUGGUACAGCGGCCAAGACGAUACAUGGGCGAAAAUCGAACCAUGGUCCGGGUUCAACGGACAUGCCGGCGUAGGCUGCUACAGUUGGGGUGCAGGCACCACAUCGUACGCCAUGCUGAACAACAAGGACAACGAUGUGGAGUUUUGGUGGAAAGACACCAACCAAUCCGCUCCAUCCACGCCGACACGCCCCAUCAACUCCUGGCAAAACGCCAGCAUGGGCGCCAUCAAGGAUGUGUACCCCAUCACGUCUCUUGGCUACACAACGUACUUUUACGCGCAGAUGGCGGAUCGAAGUAUCAAGGGGUUCAACAUCACGUACAAUGCUGAAAACACAACGUACAUCGAAGACGAAACAUUCACGGUUACUGAUAUAUCAAACUCCGUGGUAGGACUUGGCGGCACGCAUCUCACUGUUACAGCAUUUGCUGAGAAGCGUGGAGAGGAAACGUUGUGGGACAGUCUUUAUGUCUUCUUUCAGACGGCGGGUGAUGAUAUCACGGCAUUUACGAGGGGCCUGAAUGGGGGUGAGUGGACAAAGGGGUCUUUGAGUAUUCCAGAUGAAUGA